AGGCGCAACAGCUCCGAUUUUGAAUUUCCCUCAAGUUGCCCUCAAGUUGAAAGUUUUUCAAAAUAAAUAAAAUUUUAUAAUAUAUCCGCCCAUGUGAAGUGAAAUUCGGUUUCUAGCAUUUCGAAUAGGUUGUGUGGAGCUUUUUUCUAAGUUUUCUGGAUAUUUUUCAAAAGUCUUAAGGAUUACUUUACAAUGGAUUGGUGCAACUGUAUGAUUUGAGCUUGGUAUUUGUUAGAUUUCAAAGUGCGGCGGCGGGAUCUCCACGUUUUGGGUCAAGGACACGACGGGUUAUAUAGUCGCAGAUGUCACCAACCGGACAUAUAUCCAAAUCAAAGACGCCCACGCCACACGAUAACGAUAACAAUAGCAUCAGCGACGAGCGCGAAACAUGGAGCGGCAAAGUGGAUUUUUUAUUAUCGGUUAUUGGAUUCGCCGUCGAUUUAGCAAACGUCUGGAGAUUUCCCUAUUUGUGCUACAAAAAUGGCGGUGGCGCUUUUCUUGUGCCCUACGGCAUUAUGUUGGUGGUCGGUGGUAUUCCUCUAUUCUACAUGGAAUUGGCCCUGGGUCAGCACAAUCGUAAGGGAGCCAUCACGUGCUGGGGUCGCUUAGUGCCACUCUUCAAAGGAAUUGGCUAUGCCGUGGUGCUGAUAGCUUUCUAUGUGGACUUUUAUUAUAAUGUGAUUAUUGCCUGGUCGUUGCGUUUCUUUUUUGCAUCGUUCACCAGCUCAUUGCCUUGGACGUCAUGCAAUAAUAUUUGGAAUACACCCAAUUGUAGACCAUUUGAGAGCCAAAAUGCUUCUCGUGUUCCCUUGAUAGGUAAUUACAGUGACUUGUAUGUCAUGGGAAAUCAAAGUCUGCUCUAUAAUGAGUCUUAUAUUAAUGGUUCCCUGACAAGUUUGGAGACUCCUUCGGUUGGACAUGUGGAGGGCUUUCAGUCCGCCGCCUCAGAGUAUUUCAAUCGCUACAUUUUGGAGCUGAACCAGAGCGAGGGCAUCCACGAUUUGGGUCAAAUCAAAUGGGACAUGGCCUUGUGCCUUCUGAUUGUCUAUUUAAUAUGUUAUUUCUCUCUGUGGAAGGGAAUCAGCACUUCGGGCAAGGUUGUCUGGUUUACGGCCCUCUUUCCCUAUGCAGUGCUAUUGAUUCUACUGAUCAGAGGUCUCACAUUGCCCGGAUCUUUUCUAGGCAUACAGUAUUAUCUAACGCCCAACUUUAGUGCCAUCUACAAGGCUGAAGUUUGGGUGGAUGCUGCCACCCAAGUGUUUUUCUCAUUGGGACCAGGAUUUGGAGUGCUGCUAGCUUAUGCCUCCUAUAAUAAAUACCAUAACAAUGUCUACAAAGAUGCUUUGUUAACCAGUUUCAUCAAUUCGGCUACCAGCUUUAUAGCCGGCUUUGUGAUAUUCUCCGUGUUGGGCUAUAUGGCUCAUACUUUGGGUGUGAGAAUCGAGGAUGUGGCCACCGAAGGACCUGGUCUGGUUUUUGUGGUCUACCCAGCUGCCAUCGCCACCAUGCCGGCCAGCACCUUCUGGGCUCUGAUAUUCUUCAUGAUGCUGCUUACCUUGGGUUUGGAUAGUUCGUUUGGUGGCUCUGAGGCUAUAAUCACCGCUUUGAGUGAUGAAUUUCCCAAGAUAAAACGGAACCGGGAGCUGUUCGUUGCUGGCCUCUUUUCCCUGUACUUUGUGGUUGGAUUGGCCAGCUGCACCCAAGGGGGAUUCUACUUUUUCCACUUACUAGAUCGCUAUGCCGCCGGCUACUCUAUUCUGGUGGCAGUGUUCUUCGAGGCAAUCGCGGUUUCUUGGAUUUAUGGAACCAAUCGUUUUAGUGAGGAUAUAAGAGAUAUGAUUGGUUUUCCGCCUGGAAGAUACUGGCAGGUGUGCUGGCGCUUUGUGGCUCCAAUUUUCCUGCUCUUCAUCACUGUUUAUGGCUUGAUUGGCUAUGAACCUUUGACCUAUGCGGACUACGUUUAUCCCAGUUGGGCAAAUGCAUUGGGAUGGUGUAUAGCUGGUUCCUCGGUUGUGAUGAUACCGGCUGUGGCAAUAUUUAAACUACUUUCCACGCCGGGAAGUCUGCGUCAGCGUUUUACCAUUUUAACCACACCAUGGCGGGAUCAACAAUCAAUGGCAAUGGUACUGAACGGGGUCACCACUGAGGUGACAGUGGUGCGAUUAACCGAUACGGAAACCGCCAAGGAACCCGUCGAUGUCUGAGUUCGACCAGUGGCUCGUUUUCAAAUUUACUACGUUUAGAUUUGGAAAUUUACCAACAACUCACGUUCACGUACUUGUGGCAUUGCAGGAAGGUUUGUGUGUUUUUUGUUUCGCCAUUAGGAGCAGCUGGUCCUUAGGGAUCGGCAAAUUUCGCAAACAACGUACUUAGGUUUCGGCACCGGAAGAUAGAGAGAGAGAAAGAGAAAACCAAUCAACAAGCAAGAGCAGCUUCAAAGCCAUAAGUCCUAAGUUAAGAUUAGCUUGUAGUUCGUAUGGUUAAUGCCACUAAUAGCAUACACAUAUACAUACAUAUAUACGAUGCUGUGUAGAUAAUACCAAAGUUAAUCCAAAUCUUGAAAAUCCGGAAAAGAAAGUUUGCAUAUGCCAAUGGAAUUAACGACACACACGAUCGUGGCUCAAAUCGGGCAUAGAAUCUGUACAUACACAAGACGAUGAUGUAAAAGCUUUAAACACGUUAUAGGAUAUCUCAUGGAACUGAAGCAAAAGCUGCCACAGUUGACACACACAAAAUCCCCUCUAACAGCCAUGAGGGGGUUUUGUCAUAUGCAAAAAAAAAAGCGUUUGUUCUAGGUUAACUUUUUAGCCCCCCGUCCAAGUAACUACGAUUGUUUGCUUAAAACAGCCAUUUUAAGCAAUCAAUUGGGAGUUAAUCAAAGAAACAUUCCCAGUUACAAAUUAGUUAAUGUAUAUAGAUUUAUGAUAUUUUAGAAUUGUUUUAAGAGUUUCUUUCACGCUGAAACAGAACUAACAGCCAUGAGUUCUGUUUCAAUUUGUUGAAAUAAAUUAUUAUACUUUCAGUUACUGAAAA